AGAAGGCAUGAACUGAGCCCACCCCCAAGAGCUGUAACUCGAGAUGAAUAGAUAAGAUUAUGACAUCAUCUGUGUGAAUGAGUAUUUUUUGGAGGCAGAAUGUUUUAGGGGUGUUUGAUUUUUUUCAAGAGCAAAGUUUUUCUGUGCUGAGUUACCUAAUUACCUUGGAAACCCAUCUUUUCUCCAGAUUUUGUUUUUGUUCUUGUUGCUCGUAUACACACCAGCCAUUUUGACCAGAGAGAAAGACAGUGAGGGGUGAUGAACUCUCUCUGAGUAUAAUGCCUUAGUGCCGAUAUAACAAAUUAUUGCUGCAUUAUCCAGGAAAGAAAGGGAGGCUUCUGGUUUAUAUACAACACAUUGAUUGACUGAUUAAGUGCUUGAUUUCAAGGAUAUUUGCAAAGAACAUCAAGGAUAUUCUCGAUUAUUCCUUAAUUGCUUUAUAAGAACUUUUGGGAUUUAUUGUGAGAUAUGCUGAAAAAGUGGAGACUGUCUUGGAGUGAUGGUAAUACAAGCUUUUUGAGAGCUGCCAGAGAUGGAAAUUUACAGGAGGUGCUGGAAUAUCUGAAAGGAAGCACAGACAUCAACACCAGCAAUCCUAAUGGACUGAAUGCACUACAUUUGGCCUCCAAGGAAGGUCACAUAGACAUUGUACAGGAACUUCUGAAGAGAGGAGCCAAUGUUGAGGCAGCCACCAAGAAAGGAAACACAGCUCUACAUAUUGCCUCCCUUGCGGGACACCUGAAUAUUGUCAAACUACUGGUAGAGAGUGGGGCAAAAUAUGAUGUACAGGCUCAUGUUGGGUUUACUCCCCUUUAUAUGGCAGCCCAAGAGGGACAUGCUGAUGUUGUCAAGUACCUGCUCUCUAGUGGAGCCAAUCAGAGCCUGUCUACCAAGGAUGGAUUCACUCCCCUUGCUGUGGCAUUACAACAAGGACAUGAACGAGUGGUCAGUGUCCUUCUGGAGAAUGACACAAAGGGCAAGGUCAAACUGCCCGCCCUGCACGUGACCGCCAGGAAGGAUGACGUCAAAUCAGCCGCCCUGCUCUUACAGAAUGAACAGAACAAUGUCGAUGGACAAACUAAGACAGGAGGUCUGGUUAAUGACACAACCAAGAGUGGGUUCACUCCCCUGCAUAUUGCUGCUCACUAUGGCAACACAAAUGUUGGAUCCCUGCUCAUUCAGAGAGGAGCAGACGUCAACUUCAAAGCAAAGAACAACAUCACCCCUCUACAUGUUGCAUCUCGAUGGGGAAAACCAAAUAUGGUGACACUUUUACUGGACAACAAAGCAAUUGUUGAUGAAAGAACCAGGGAUGGGUUAACUCCCUUGCACUGUGCUGCUAGGAGUGGACAUGAAAAUGUAGUGGAUCUACUGAUAGAAAGAGGAGCUCCUAAAUCGGCUAAAACCAAGAAUGGCUUGACACCCCUUCACAUGGCAGCACAGGGAGACCACGUAGACUGUGCCCGACUCCUGCUGUACCACAGGGCACCUGUUGAUGAUGUCACAGUGGACUACCUGACACCAUUACACGUGGCUGCUCAUUGUGGCAAUGUUAAGACGGCCAAACUUCUACUGGACAGGAAAUGUGAUCCUAACUCCAGAGCUCUAAAUGGAUUCACUCCACUCCACAUUGCCUGUAAAAAGAACAGAAUCAAGGUUGUAGAGCUUUUGCUGAAGUAUGGAGCCACCAUUGAAGCCACAACAGAGUCUGGUCUGACUCCUCUACAUGUUGCCUCCUUCAUGGGACACAUGAACAUUGUGAUCUACCUGAUCCAGAACAAUGCUAACCCUGACUUCACCACCGUACGUGGAGAGACCGCGCUCCACCUGGCAGCACGAGCCAACCAGACGGAUAUCAUCCGCAUCCUGCUCAGAAACGGAGCAACUGUGGACGCCAGAGCCAGAGAACAGCAGACUCCCCUUCACAUUGCUGCCCGCCUUGGUAAUGUUGACAACGUGACCCUGUUGCUACAGUUGGGUGCAGCUCCAGAUGCUGUUACUAAGGAUCUUUACACUCCACUGCACAUCGCUGCAAAGGAAGGUCAUGAAGAGGUCGCCUCGGUGUUACUGGAGCAUGGCGCAUCACACAGCCUGACCACUAAGAAGGGAUUCACUCCUCUCCACAUUGCUGCUAAGUAUGGCAACAUUAAGGUUGCCAGGUUGCUGCUGCAGAAGGAUGCUAACCCUGACUGUCAAGGAAAGAAUGGACUGACACCACUUCAUGUCGCCACCCACUACAACCAUGUCAAUGUGGCACUCUUACUGCUGGACAACAAGGCUUCACCACACAGCACUGCCAAGAAUGGAUAUACCCCACUUCACAUUGCUGCUAAGAAAAACCAGAUGGAUAUUGCAACAACUCUCCUAGAAUUUGGAGCAAGACCAGAUGCAGAAUCCAAGAAUGGCUUCAGCCCCCUCCACUUGGCAGCACAGGAAGGUCACACAGACAUGGUGUCUUUACUUCUGGAGCACAAAGCAGACGUCAACUCUAAAGCUCAAAAUGGACUGACCUCUUUACACCUGGCAGCACAAGAAGACAAAGUCAAUGUGGCUGAAGUUCUGGUUAAGUACAACACAGAAAUAGACCCCCAAACCAAGGCAGGCUACACACCACUCCACACCGCUUGCCAUUUCGGACAAAUGAACAUGGUUCGAUUUCUGCUGGAGCAUGGUGCCUCUGUUAGUGCUACAACUAAGCUGGGAUACACCCCUCUGCACCAAGCUGCUCAACAGGGUCAUGUUCAAGUCAUCAAUCUACUGCUGAAGAACAAAGCAUCACCCAAUGCUGUUACCAAUAAUGGACAAACUGCCCUGUCGAUUGCCCAGAGACUGGGCUACAUAUCAGUUGUUGAUACACUGACACCUGUCACUGAGGUGUCCGAGACCCUCCCGUCUACCGAGGACAAGAUCAAACUCAUGUCACCAGAAAUCAUGCAGGAAAACCCUAUCUCAGACUCUGAUGAUGAAGGAGGGUCCUCUAUGGCCAGUAUAAGAUGGGACGAUUUUCUGCCAUCUUCUCCAUUGUUCGGAAAACCCCUUACCGAACAACAUGUUUAUCUGCCCUUCUACGAGGGCAGUAAAAUGCAGUCUCGGGAGGACAGCAUAUCCCUUGGAGAGAAAGGGGGGAGCAUGUCACCUUUGGAUACGUCUUAUGAAAAGGAUGCUUCUCUGAGACCUGCCUCCACCGACGAUGCCAGGCGUCGCAUCACGAGUGAGAUAGGCACCGCAAUGCGGUACCCGUCUUACUUAGAACGUGGUCCGGAUUACGAGGCAGAGAUGCGCUAUUUUAGCGGAGAUUCUCUCAUGUCUCCCAGGGACAAACAUGACAAAAGCAAAGAUAGUGUUUUUGGAGGUGAUUACUCGACCUUAGAUAAACUUGAUACCACGUCUACGAACUCUGAGUCCAAGGUUCGAGUUGUUGAUGAGCAUGGUAGUGAGAUCGAUUAUGACGAUGAUUUAGAUGAUAGGAUGAAGAAGAACACAGCGGCCAAUCAAUUUGCGGAGGAUUUCUACCUGCGACAAUCCGUAAGAUACGGAGCUAACACGAACAAACGGCCCAUCUAUCCCAGCUCGGGGUACAAGUCGCAGCCAGACAGGCCCACUGAAAAUUAUGCCGAGUCAUUUAGUGUUGAUGGUAUAGAUUUGAAUGAAGAGUUCAAAUAUAUGCCUGAUGAUUCGGUUCCCCAACAGGACUACUGUGAAGCCCAGAUCAUGACCUCUUCAUACGCCGCCUACACUAACGCGGCCCCACCUGAGACCCACCUGGGACCGGGGGUAUCCUCCGCGGACAAACCCAGGGUAGGGUCCUACAGCGGAUCCUCCUUCAGUGCCAGUUUCGACCCUGACAAUGUCGCCAUUGAUCAAAUACCUACAUAUUCUGGACGCCUGAAAUGGAAAAGCUUCCUCAUCAGUUUCAUGGUGGAUGCCAGGGGUGGGGCCAUGAAGGGCCGACGCCACUCGGGGGUCAGGAUCAUCAUCCCUCCCAACCGGGCCUCCAUGCCCACCCGGGUGACCUGCAGACUCAUCAAAAAGGACAAACUGAUUCACCCCAUCCCCCUCAAUGAGGGUGAGGCCCUGGCCUCCAGGAUCAUUGAGAUGGGACCAGUCGCCACCAAGUUCCUGGGGCGCAUUGUCAUUGAGAUCCCUCACUUUGCAUCUCUUCGUGGCAAGGAACGUGAGAUUAAGAUCCUGAGAAGUAACAAUGGAGAGAAGUGGGAGGAACAUCCUAUAGCGGCCACAGACGAUGCUGUCCAGAAAGCACUGCAUGAAAGCAUGGAGGAUUUGGAUUAUGAGGAUGAACUGGCUGGCAAAAGAGUGACCCGUAUCCUGACUGAUGAUUUCCCACGAUACUUUGCUCUGGUUACCAAGGUGAAGGAGGAGAAACAAUGGGUGGACGAGAAAGGCCUGAUCAUCAGCUCCACCGUGGUGCCUCAGGUCCAGGCGGUGUUCCCAGAGGGCGCCGUCAACAAGAAAAUCAAAGUCGGCCUGCAGGCUCAGCCCAUCUCCCCAGACAUCGUGUCUAAACUCCUUGGAAACAGAGUGGCUGUCAGCCCCAUUGUCACCGUAGAACCCAGACGUCGCAAGUUCCACAAAAACAUAGUGUUGACCAUCCCUGUCCCGAAGGCUGCCCAGAAAGGCAUGAUAAACCAAUACGGAAGCGAGGCUCCAACCCUGCGUGUCCUCUAUAGCAUCUCAGGCUCCAACAAUGCCCUGCGAGAAGGGACAGAGGCCGCAGUGUGGGAUGACCUGACUGACCAGACUGAGCUCAAGUUUACAGAGGAUUGUGUGUCCUUCACCACUAGAGUCUCUGGAAGAUUCUGGCUGAUGGAUUGUCAGAAUGUUGCAGAUGCUUGCCGAUAUGCCACAGAACUGUACAAAGAGGCUAUUGUAGUUCCCUACAUGGCCCGCUUUGUUGUUUUUGCCAAGAGAACCGGAGAAGAAGAAGGAAAGCUCCGCAUGUUUUGUAUGACUGACGACCGCAUCGAUAAAACCCUCGAGAAGCAGGAACAUUUCAUGGAGGUGGCCAGAAGCAGAGAUGUAGAGGUGCUUGAAGGACGACCACAGUAUGUAGAAAUGGCUGGCAAUCUAAUACCAAUCACAAAAUCUGGAGAUCAACUCUACAUCAGCUUCAAAGCUUUUCGAGAAAACCGACUUCCGUGCCUGGUCAAGAUUCGAGACCGCGACCAGGAACCUGCUGCUCGAGUGGCAUUCAUGAAGGAACCCAAGGUGGUCCGUGGUGAGCUGCCCCAGACUCCCAUCUGUAACCUCAACAUCGCUUUACCAGACAUGUCAACUUCAUCUUCCAUGGAAAUGGAUCCAGAGGCAGCACUAGAACUUAAAAAGCGAUCUUCCUUACUUAGAGAACACGGUAUUGUUGUAGAAGAUACCGUAAGCAAAGCCAAGAUCAAUCUUUCGGAUGUUGCGGAUACACUGAAGGGAGACUGGGUCAUUCUUGCCACACAACUCGACAUCUCCGGGGAUGAGAUCCAUAAGAUUAACAGUGACUAUAGGACCGUCAACGACCAGGCCCUAGCCAUGCUGUCACUGUGGAAGGACAAGAAAGGAGAGCAAGCCACAGGCAAUGAACUAGAGAAAGCACUGAGGAGCAUAAACAGAGAAGAUGUGGUACAGAAAUGUAUGUACAAUGUAGAAAUGGUCCAAGACGAGGUGGAACUGGCAGCAGCUAAAGUAGCCAUGGAUCAGUCAGGUUUCGACACAUUUGAAAAGGAAAUUGGAGUUGGCGCACAUGACUCCUUGAAACGUAACAUGUCACUAGAUGUACAGUUUGAUGAGAAGAGUGUUCAGAAGCUUUCAGUUGAGGAUUCAGAGUCUGCAGUUGAUUCAGCAUCUCCUGGAAGCGAGGGACCUGCACCCCAGGCAUACGCAGAAGAUACAGCUCAGUCUCCGAACGACGAUUUCAUGAUCCCUGAGAUCAGUGAUCGCCGGGGUCUGGCUAAGGAACCAGAAAAGCCAGCAAAAACCAACGACGACUUCUACGAUUUAAUUGACAAAUUGGAUAAAUACAAUGAGUUCAAAGAGAGACAAGAGCAGACCGGGCCCAGUGCAGAUAUCCGAAUGGAUGAAUCCCAGACUAUAGCUGAAGAAGAAAUGACCUCUACCAAGAAAGAGAGACCCAAAUCUGAAGAGAUUAUUUCCAAAGUGGAAGAACUAAGUCAACAGAUGGCCCCUGCCCCUCAGGAACCUAAAGAUCUGCUCCCCGCCCCCACACAGGAGCCCACAGAAGAUGAGGAGGGCACUAGGACCCCACCUCCUAGCCCCGUGGAGGGAGAGUUUGUACCAGAACAAGAACAACUGGUUCAUGAGAUUGAGGAUGCAGUUGAACAAUCUGUUCACGAGGAAGAUGAACCAGAGGAGGAGGAGGAGGAAGAGAAGGAGGAGACAAUUAUUGAGGAGACCUUUCAGGAGUCUGAUGAUGGUGUAACAUGGAGGACCGUCCGUAAAACAACCAUCAUCACUCCUGAAGGUCAAACCGAGAAAUUUGAAGUUUUAGGAGAGGAGUCCCGGGCCCAGCAGGCUGCGGUCGGUGAAUUGGCUGCUCGACUUUCGACCACAGAAGAACCCCAAGAACACCCCGGGGAAACGGAAAUGGCAGAGGAAGUUCUUGAUUCACAGAAGGUGCAGACAACUGAGUCUGCUGCUAAACAAACAACAAUGCAAAUCAUGGAAUCUGAUGUUGAUACUGGUUUGCCAAGUGUGUCAGACCAGAAGGAACCAGAUAUGGAAAGGCUUGUGGAAAGUUUAAAAACUGAUCUGUAUGAAAAGGAGAAGACAGAGAAAAGUGGUAAUGAGUCUGAUGUUUCAUCCAUUGUGAGUUCAGACACUGAAGGAGAAUUUAAUAUUGCACCUUUACCCUCAGCUGCUCCAGAUGCAGGAAGUAACAGACCUGUUGUAGGUCGACAAACUUCAGAUGAGAGGAAAAGAAAGAGGACAGAUUCAUUGUCUUCUUCUUCCCUCUCUGAUGUUGAGGAUAAUUUAGAAAGUAUGGAAGAGCUUCCUGAGAAAGAGCCUGUGAAGCCAAAGUCAUCACUGCAAGAUGCUGGUAGCCGUCAACCUAAGACUAGUCAUGUUCAUUUCAAAGAGGAAGAACUUCCUAGCUCAUCAUCUUCUUCAUCAUCUUCAUCAAAUGAAGAUGAAAGUCAAGAAACACCCUCUAAGAGAGCUGAAUCUGAAUCAUCUGAUGUUAAAUCUCCUGGUCCCACUACACCAAAAACUGACAGAAUGGAAGAAUUUCAGUUUGUAGAAAAGCCUGGUACUGAAUUCAAGGAUGGGAAGUCUGUAGCACAUGAUAAGCAGGAAAAAGGUGGUGGUGAUGUUCCAGUAAAAGUAUAUAAACCUUCAUUGACUGCCCAAGAUACCAUUGAAGAAGGACUCAAAAUGCUUCCUGAUGAUGUCAAGAAAACUGGAGAGGAACCAAAACCAAUAGCAGAUUCAGACGUUGAGAAACAAAUUGUUCAGGCACCAGCUCCCCCUAAAGAGGAGGGCAAAGAAACCUCUUCCUCUUCCUCUUCUUCCAGUAGUAGUGAUGAUGAAGAAAAGAAACAAAAAGAGGCAAUUAGAGAAGGCUCAUUUAAGGAGCCAAGCACGGAUACUAGGGAAAGCAAAACUGAAAAACCCCUGGCUGAUUUCAGAGAAGGAUCAAUUGAAAGGACUGAACGAUAUGAAGAGGUGCCACCAAAAGAGCAGACCCAAGUUCGUCCACAGGAAGAAAAACGUAAAAGCCAAUCUCCACUUGAAGAAACAGCAUCCUCACCUGAAAAGGACUCAGGUGAUGGAGUACCUUUCACUGAUACUGCAAAGCGUUUGAAACGAAUGUCAUCCUUGCAGCAACAAGAAGUCUUUGAAAGCGAACUCGUUGAAGAAGAAGCAUCGACCAAAGAAGAAGUCUUAGCAGAUGGAUCUAAAGUCAUACGUAAGAGAUAUAAAUCCGGGGAUUCCAACAAAGGCGAUAAUGGAGAACAAGAAAGUAUGGAACUCGUGGAAGAAGAGGGCCCAGAGGUAGAAGAUGUAAAAUAUGAAGAAGACGAAGAGGUGCUUGACGAUGGAACAGUUCAUAGGAUAAGUCGUACUCGACGCCAGUCACUAAAGCAUAUUAAACGUACAUUGAUUUCGGAAAGCGGUGAAGAGGAGGAAAUUUUCGAAGGUGACGUGGCAGUACCAGGAAAAGCUAAAGAAGAUGUAAUUGAAGUUUUUGAAGAGCCAGCAAAGCCUAUUACAAAGGUGGAGGAGGUAGAGGUGACUCAAGAUGAUGGAAAAGUUGUAAGGAAAAGGAUGAUUAUGAACAGGAUGGUCAGCAAUGUCAAGACUUACCACCAAUCUUUCGAUGAUAGCGGAAACUUAGAAGAAGACGAAUAUGAGGUUGAGGCCAUCAUUCCUGGUACUGAAACAGCUUUUGUCGAAGGUGAUGAUACCACCACAAGCUCUAGUGAAUAUAGCGAAGACGAUGACGACGAUGAGGAAAUUGACGUACAGGACUUAGACAGAAUUGACGAAGAAUGUCAAAGUGGAACAACGGUCACCACUAGACAAUUUACCAAACAGACAAUUACCUCGAGCACUUUUGGAACAGGCGGCGAACCUAAAGAGUUAGAAGAAACAGGGCUUGUAAAACGAGUCGUGAAAAAAGUGACGUACGACCCCGGACAACCAGACCUGAUUUAUGAUUCCCCUGAGUACGAUGACGAAGAUGACACCGAAUUAUGGAUCGAAGAAAGCGACAUAGAAGAUGAUGCAGAGGAUAUAUAUGAUGAGAGAAAUACUAUUGAAGAGCUAGAAAGAAAUGCUGAGACUUUUCCACCCGACCAAUCAACUUUACGGGGUACAAGAAAUGCAUCUACAGAAUUGCCUGGUUUGCAGCUCCAAGUAGAUAAAUUAGCAUCGGAGGCAAGGAAUGUUUUCUCAAGUUAUGAAAAUGUCUAUGAUGGAGUUCCACUUGAUCCUAAAAUUAAUAGGUUAUCUUUGGAUGCGAGUGAAAUGGAAAUAGGAGAUCGAUUUGAUACCAAGCAAAUGGAUCUUCAUUUAUGCUCAGAUGAUCGCACAUCUAGUUACGAACAGGUGUAUGCCAAAGAAUCAGCAGAUCGAUCUCUUCGCUCAGACUUAGCUGCUUUAGAGGAGGAAAAAGUUGAUGAUAAAAUAAGUACCUCCAGUUCGGAGGUGGCACAGCAUGAUGACGAUGCGUCUGAUGAAGAUGCUGAAGCCUGCGAAGCAACUGAAAGCAAUUUGAAUGAAACUGACGUAGAGGAACAAUUUUCUCCCGUUAUUGCUAAAACUUUUCCAAAACCUGUAAUAGAUUUACAUUUCGAAACAGACAAACCUGUUUUCUCCAUUACCGAAUCACCCACUGAAUUACAUUCACCAGCCUACUCAAUUGAGUCACCCGAUUUACAUGACAAAAUAUCUCUUUCAAAACCAGAAUCCUGUACUGUUGGUACUUCGCCAUCAGAACAUCAAGGUUUUAUUCCUUCUAAAGAAACUAGGCAAGAGCAGUCAGAAAUAAACAAAAAACGAGAUUCGAAACAACAAAAGGAAAUUGAUGAGCAAUGUCUGAUGUGCACCUAUGAAGUUGACAAGACAGAGGAAGAAGUCAUUUUAGACCAGUCCUCAGAAAUACAGACAGAAGUAUCUGCCAGCCUUCACACUGAAUACCCAGAUUUUGAAAAUUUAGUUAUAGACACAUCAAAGACAAAAGCAAUGGAACCAGGAAAAAGGUUCCAGUCAGUUGAUGAAAUUUCUCCAGAGGAUCUUGAAGAAAAAGAAUUUCAAUUUGAGCUUACUGAAAGAGGCUAUGUAGAUAUUGUUAAAGAUGAUAAAAGAGAAAGUGAGGAGGAUGACCAGGAUGUAGAUGAUAUUGAAUCAGACAGUAGUUCUGAAACAAAUGAAAUGACAUUUUUUGACGAAUACUCUGGAGUUUACGUGAGAAUGCCUUGGGAAAGUGCAUAUCAAUUCACACGUCAGUUUUCAGAAGGCUAUGAACAAAAUGAAUCGGAAAAAAAGUAUUUGAGAGCCAUGAAAAGCAUCGACUUGGGGUCUUUUUAUAGAAGAGACAAAAUGAAAGACUCCGAUGUCCAUCGACGAAGUAGUUUAUUUUGUGGAAAGCACAAUUCACAAGGAAAAGAACUAAAAAAAGAGGUUCGUUUUGCAGAAAAAAUAGUAGAUAUUGCAGAAGAUUCAGACUUAGGAAGUUCUCAAAGUGAUGAAAGCGAAGAGCAAAGUUAUGAAAGAACAGUCCUUCAUGAACCUCAUGAACAGAUUGAUAAAAUCCAUGAAAUGACAGUUAUUGCAUCAAUAAUGGAAAAAAGACAUCAUUACAAGGAAGAAUGGCAAGAUCAAAUACAAUACCAAGAUUCCUGCACUUCCACAAGAGAUGAUCAGAUAGAUGUUACUUUAAGCGCUUCUGACGAUGGUAAUCAAAUGGAAUUUGCAAGUCUAACUGGCGAUGAAUUGUUUGAAAGAGAUGAUGUCGCUACUGAAACAGCAGCAACACCAACGAUAGGAACCUUUCCGCUUGCUGGAAUUAUUGUGACGGAAGCAGACUCUCCUAAGGACAAAGAUGAAGCACUGCUUAUAAGCAAGGAAAUGCCAGCAUCAUCACAUGGAAAGUUUCCAAUGGCACUACCAUCAAUAGGAAAGUCCAUAGCUGACAAUGAAAUAUACGAAUCCUCAGAAACCGGUGGUGAUACAACAGAGGAAAAGUUAUCACCAAUAGAUGAAGCACCUCAAGAUGACUUUCCAGAUGAAGAAGAGGAUUCAAAGACACCAGUCGUUGAAAAGCAUGUCACAUUUCAAAGCGAAAUAUGUCAUUUGCGAUCAGGAUCAAGUGAAGACUUAGUAAAGACCUCAACAUCAUCAUCAGAAAUGGAACCAACAAUUCUAGCUGCAUCAUAUGACCUUGAUUCAGGACAAGUGUCAAAAGUUGUAGCAACAUACGAUGUCUCCCCAGACACAGUCGAAAAGCAAUUUGUGGCACCGCCAACAGCAAAAGCUAUACUUUCGAGUCCAGAAGAUGAUGUAUUUGAAAUGGAAAAUAAACGGAUGUUUGAGCCAAGUUAUUCCCAGUCAAGAGAUGAAUGCCAAGAAGAAGAAACAUCAGACAGAUUGGAGAAAACAAAAAUUGCAACAGAUACCUUCCCUAAUCCACAAGAAAUUGAUCUUCAGAAUGAUUCAGAAAUAGAAGGUGCAUAUGGUGGAAGGGACAGUGCAUUGUCGUCACCCUUUGAAGUAAUGUCACCUAGUGAAUUAGAUGGGUAUGAACACUACAAAGAGCACUUUGAGGAAGUUGCAUUAAGCAAAUUGAGUACGCAACGCGAUGAGGAGCAAGAAAAUGAAAAGGUUACAAUGGCAUUGUCUUUCCCGGUAGAAGAACGAGAAUCGCAGGCUUUACAAAUAACACCGAAAAGCGAUUCUUCAUUUGAUCAUUCUUCACUCAUAAGUAGUGAAACAAGUGAAAAAGAAGAUGACUCGUUAAUUGAUGUAGUAGGACCCUCACUUCAACACAAUACUGAACCACUUCCUGACUUAGUGGAAAUUGCAGUUGAAUCUGAUGAACGAUCUCCUUCGUCCACCAUGUUACAAAAUGGUCCAACAGAGGUUGAAUACAAUCCAGAUAUAGAUGUAAAUUGCGAGCAAACACCGCAAUCUUGCUCGCCAAUAACAUCUCAGCCAGACUUGCUUCAAGGUGCAUCACAUGAUGAAAAAUCAACACCACCGGACAAUGAACUAGUAAUGGAAAGUACUUCCAUUGAUACAACAGGAAUUGUUUCAACUUCGAAUGUUUUGUAUGAAUCACAAACAGCUCAAACACGAAGUAUGAUAGAAGAAUUGGGCAUAACAAGUCAAGAACAUUUAAUUUCUUCGGAUCAGACUUUGUAUGGACUCGAGAUGCCAUCAGAGGAAAAUACAUUACUGACAUUAUCUUCAACUCAAUAUGCACAUCAAGAACCAGAUACGGAAUCGGAUUCUGUAAUUGUAACAGGGGCACUAGUAUCCCAAACAGAAGAGGAUAUUUCUGAACAAAGUGUGAGCAAAGAAGCGGAAAACUCUGCCGAGUUAGAUUCAGGAAAAAUUCAGAGUGAAGAACUUCAUGUAGAACAGGAGCAACUUGACCAUGAUAAGACUAUUACCGAUAUUUAUCAUGGCAAACGGGCAUUAGAAGUAGAAGAAUGCGCCGGACUUGCAACUGUGAAAAUGGAACCGGAAUGUGUUGGUCCCUAUGAUGAAACUUUUGAAGACGAUUUUGAUAACAUUGGAGAGGAGUCUUUGGAUACGAAUUUAAAUGAUGAUGAAUGUGAUGAAAGGGAAGAUUCUUUGUUUCAAACUGAGCCUUCAGAACCAUUUGAUCUGGACAUGGAUGCAUAUGAUUUAGAAAGACCUUGUACACCGACGCCGGUUGACAAAAAUCAGCAUUUUUUCGAUGAUGAAGCUGAGGCUAUUGUUAAAAAUGAUGAAAUUGAAGCUCAAGCCAGUGAAUUUGUUGAAUCUGUAUUGACAGAAGCCCGUAGCAGGAUAAGGAAAGAAACGUCAAAUUUUGACAUGAAAAAUGAAAGUGAAAUUACUGAUACUGAAAACAAGUAUGAUGACCUGUACAUAGCCGAUGUAUCCGAAGAGAGAAAUAUUUUUUUAGAGGAGGAAAAUGAUUUUAAAACAAAGAAAGAUGUUGAUGAUACAACUGAUGGAGACAACCAGUCAGACACUGGAAUCGGGGAAAACAUUUCGCCAAUACAAAGACAUUCUAUUCUUAUGAAACAAAUAUCUGAAGAUAUCCCUGGAAUCACAUUAACAACACAUUAUCAUGAUGAAGAUAAUGAAUCGCUUCACCAAUCAGAACUAAUUGAGAAUAAAAUAUUACAGAGUGAAAAGCCAAAUGCUGACACUGAUGUACCAAUAGAAGCAGAGGUUCAACAAACCAUUGUUUUUUCAAGUGAAUGUAUCCCAGAGGAACCAGAAGAUAUAGUGGAUGGUAACUUGGAAGAUUCAUAUCAAUCAACUCAUGGCAAUUUUGGGAAAGUCUGCAUUCCUGAAGAAAUUGAAUCUAAAGAUGAAAGCGAGGAGAAAGAGGAAGUCCAUAUAACGUCUUCAACAAGGCCAUUGACGGUUGUUUUUCCCAGUGAUAAAGUAGAUUACGGAGAGAGUCAUUCUCUCCCGAAUAUUGAUACUAAGGUUAAUGCUGAGGCCAAAACAGACCAUGAACCCUCUCCCAAUGAAUACUCAAAGUUUGAAGAAGAUGUAGCAGCAUCUGCAAAUGUUGAUAAAUACGAUAGUGAUGAUUCCUUAGAGGAGAAUUAUAAGGAUGAUGUGCAACAUUCAGAAGCUGUCCCUGAAAGAGUAGAUACUACAAACAUGGAAAUUCUACAACCAUCUACAAGUCAAGAUUUACAGCAGAUAGAAAGUAAAUCCAAGAGUAGGGGUUCUUAUCAUGAAAUUGGAGAAGAUGAUAUUGGCGAUACGUCUAGUGUUGAAAGUUUUACUACCGUUGUUCCUGUUGAUCAAGAAGACGAUGAUGAUGGAAAUGAAAACCGCUUGGAUGAUUUUGCUUCAAUGUCCUCAUCCUACCAUUCAGAUGUUCUUGGUUUGGAUGAAGAUGAGAAAAUGGAAGAUUUUCCAAUAAUAGACUGGACACAGGAAGACGUCAUGGAGUUUGAAGAAAUAAAUAGGAAACAAAGUGAGGAGGAGGAAAAGCACAGAGAGUUAAAAAGGAAACAAGAAGAAGAACUGUUGCAGAGAUUUGAGGACCUUAAAGCUUUGCGAGAUGAGAAAGAUAGGCCUCUUAUCGAUUGGGAAGAGGGAAGCGAGUCUUCAAUCGAUAGUGAUCGAUAUGAGUAUAUGGACAAAACUGCACUUUCAGUCAUAACAGAAAAUUCAGAUGAAGAUAAGUUUGAGCUCAUGGACAAUGAAGAUGGAAAAUCAGAAAAGUCAGACCAUAUAUUUGGAUCCCCAGAGGAUUUCCCUCCACCUAGUCCUGGUGUCAAUAAAUUUUUUAAUAAAAGUUCGGACAGAGAUGACAUAUCUAUUACUUCAUCAUUACUGGAAUUCGAAAGGCUAGAACAUGAAAUUCUGGCAUCAGGUUCGAGAAGCUCUAUUGAAAAUGAAAAAGACAAUAUAUCAAUUACUUCAUCACUUGCAGAAUUUGAACGAUUGGAGAGAGAACUUGGCCAGUCAAGCUCGGCUAGUUCUGUCGAAAAAAUAACUUCAGACAGUAACAGUAAAGAGAGUGACAAAGAGGGUUCUCGGGCUUCUUUAAAUGAUGUUGAUAAAUUAGACAAAGACAUUGAGAGGAAGGAUUCAGUUGACAGUAUUACACGACGAAGUGAAACAUCCUCCCUUGCGUCACUAAAUGAAUUUGAGCGAUUAGAGCAGGAAUUAGCAUUAGCAGAUGAAUUGGAAGCUGAAGCACAAAAGAUUGUUUCAAUUUUGGAAUCCGGGACACUAAUGAAUGAAGAAAUUCAAUCGGAGAAGUCUUCAAGAUUAAUGUCUUAUCUGACACCAUCCAAGAAAACCGAAAAAUUUCAAGCUGAAGAAAAUGAAGACUUGGAAGAUUCUCUCAGUGAGGAAAAAACAUCCAAAAAAGAAUUAGAUCAAGCAGAGGUAGACUCUUUAGAUGGUGACGUAUCAGAGUUGACAUCCCUAACAUCGAGUGUAAUUAUAAAUCAAAAAGCCGUGAAAGAAUGUGAUGAAGAUUCUUUACGUGAUGAUGAAGAAUCAAUGAAAAUUUCUUCAGAUUCUUUGGGUGAACAGUUAGGGUUAAAAUCUUCUAGUGAUAAAGACAAAUAUGACACUGAUUCUCUUGCUGGACAGGAAGGCAUCAUGGAAAAAUCAACUGACUCGCUAGAAACUGAGAAAAAGAAUACAGCAGAUGACAAAGUGGAAACGGACUCUCUCUGUGAUGAGGAAGACCGGCCUAAAGCAGUAGAUAUCAUGCAGACAUCAUUAGAUUCACUUGAAUCGUCAAAGUCGAGAUCGAGAGAAAACUUAAUGGAGUCUUCUAUGUACAGUGUGGAUAGUUCUAUUUUCUCGAGGUCAUCUGUUGAGACCAUGAAAUCUGCAGGAUCCCAGCGAAGUGAUUCAAGCACAGAAAUAAUGCAGGUCUCUGCAGAAUCUUACGAGGAAAGGAAGCGCCGAGAGAAGCAGUGGCUGAUAGAUAAUUAUCACAGUUAUCGUGAAAGCGGACAUGGUGUAGAGCCUCUAAUGGACCAAGAGGGAAAUGUUCUGAAAAGUUUCCGUAUAGAUGAUAAUGUGGGCUACGGAUGGGAUGAGUCAGACGAAGAGGAGGAUAAUAAAAGUGCGCAAAGUAAACCCUUUUCCUGGGGACCCUAUGAGGAAAAGAAAAAGAUUUAUACCAUGGCAGAGUGGGAGGCUAUGAAAGAGGAAAAGCGAAGGGUGUCUCUGGUAACAGAGAUGUCAGAAUCUCAUAGUGAAAAAACUGAAACUACCACUGUUGAGUCCCAAAAUGUCACAUUAAUAACAAAUACUACAGUCACAACUAAAUCAUUAUCUGAAACCCAAGUUUACACAAGUAGUGAGCAAUUACGUUCCUCUACGUCAGUUAAAGCUACUGCUAAGUUUGGAAGUCAUCUGUCAGAUCCAGCUCCACAGAGAAUAGCGUCGAUAGAUGACGAUGAUUUUGUUGAGUAUGAUGUCACUGAGCACCGUGAUUUGAUGCAUGGUAUACCUGAAUAUCUCGCCCCAAAGUCAGGACCAAUAUACAUAGACCCUGAAAACGUAGAUUCGGAGGAAGAUGAAAUUGUCGACUAUCCGACGGGUAGAAAAGAAGAUUCCGCUGAUGGGGCUGAGGGAGGGGAAAUAGAAACUCACAGACUAACCAUGAAGAAGGAGAUCCACACCAGAACCAUGCUUGAAGACGGCAAGGAGAAGACGUACGUGCACGAGGAGGCCCAGAUAGAACAGGAAGAGGACCCCCCAGAGGAACUGAAGGAGAGCAUGCAACAGAUCAUUGACCAAUUCAUGGAAACCCCCGCCCAACCCGACCAGUACAAAGCCUUAGAACACGACGUCUAGGUCCUCCCAAAACAGACAGUUCUCAAUCACAGCAUUAAUCCUUUGUGUCACAUAUUUCCCCGUUUUUCUCCAUCAGAAUUUAUUUUAUUGUGAAUGAGAUACAUAGAUUUUUUGUCUUUUAAGCUUAUUGAAGGAAAAACAAAAAUAUCAUGACCAUUCCACCGAGUAUGUUUUAUUAAAGAAGCAUUGCUUUCAUUGUUUUGACAUUUUGUACCUUUGACCACGUUGCAUUGUAGUUUUGUUUUUGAAUUCAAGCUUGCUGUUUUUGGUAAAAAGGAUAUACAUUGAAGUGUGUUAAGGAUUUUCAAAUCAAGUAUUCGGAUUAAGGCUAUUGUGGACAAUAUUGUAAUAACUGAUAAACAGUACUAUGAUUGUAAACAUUUAUUUAAUAAUCAAAAUAAUGAUGCAUGUCUUAAGUAAUAUUUUAUUGAAUUCAAAGAAUUUUGUAGAGCUUUUGUAUAUGUAUGUCUUUGUUAAUUAUAUUGCUGUCAUUAUUUAGUCUAUUUGAUCAUAAAAUUCAUUUAUUCUUAAAUUAAAUUGCUUCCUAACAUACA